UCCUUCCUCUGUUUUGACAAACGAAUGUCGAUUUAGGCGACUAGUUCUAGCACGGCGAAAACCGAUCAGUUUUCGAAUUUAGUACUCUUCCCAGACCUUCAAUUGUUAACUGCUGUACUGUUUUGACGGCGAUUUGCUCGGAUGGCUAACCAGCCAUGUAACACCAUGCAUCCUGAAGUUGACGUGUUUAUUAGCAACUACACCUUGGUGGACCCUGAUGUUUAUCAAUUAUGGGUAGAUGGUUGUUCGUCUCAAGAAGCUGUGAACGCAUUAGACGCGAAAGGGGUCACGAAGCAGACUGGUGCAACAAGGGAGUUACUAACAUCUGACGUUCUUGAUCAUUAUCGUACUUACAGCUUACUGGAAAGGCUUCUGUACAAUCCACCGAAGCUAGAGGAGCAGCUCGCUUUUCAGAUUGAACCACAGACGAAACGUCUUCUGAUUGAAAAGUACUAUGACUUUGAUGAUGAAGUUAUAAGAGAACUGUUGGGGAAAAAACUGUCUUCUCGACAUCGCAAAGACUUGGAUGAAGUCAGUGAGAAAACGGGAAAAUCAUUGAAAUCCUGUAGGAGGCAGUUUGAUAAUGUGAAAAGAGUGUUUAAAACAGUUGAGGAGAUGCCUGGACCACUUGUACGAAACAUUCAGAAACAUUUCUUACUUCAUGAGGAAACAGCAAAACGCUACGCUGCUGUUGUCUUUAUAGGACUGGCUCGCUUUGAGACAGGAAAACGCAAGCUGCAACAUCUAGUACUGUCUGAUUUUGAACACUGUGCUCAUGCUAUCAUGGGAAGCUGGACAUAUCGAGAUCCAGGGACAGAACAUGAUCACACUGACCUAGACAGAGAGUUCUUGCUUGACCUGCGUGAACUCAGAUGCCUGCAGGAUAAAGAGAAAGAACAUAAGCAUUUGGUGCUGAUGAGAUUAAAGCCUGUCCUGUUGGAACGGUCCCUCAAUGAGCUGGAGUCAAGCUUCCGCUCAUAUUCUCGUGCAUUGGUGGGUAUUGCUGCAGGCCUUCACCGUACACGAGAGGUCCGAUGUUUGUUUGUAGAGCUUGUUGAACGUUGUUUGGAACCAUGGAGGCAAGCAGGUUGGCCACAUCAAGACCUUCGAUCAUUCCUCAAUGCUUAUACUACGUCAGCACUUGAGAUGGACAUCUUCAGGGAACCUGAAUUGAAAGCAGCUUGGGAGCGAUACAUGAGUGUGAUCAUAAGCUGUCUUCUGCGCAUGUAUCAUACGUGAUGGAAUCAUCAUGUGUAAUUUGUGUCCUGAUUGUGAUAUUCAUUGUGGAAGGUUGGUUACAAAACGAAUUUUGAAAUGUAUAAUAUUUGGUUUUAUUUCUUACAUACCAUGUACAAGAUGUAUUAUAUACUGUGUAUUUUUGUACAAAGUUUAUUUAAAUGAAAAAUACAGCAUUCUACAUUGCUUAUUGUCCUAUUUUUACUCAAAAGAGACUAUAACCUGUGACCCUAUUGCCCUUCAUUUCUUUUUUCAAUGGGUUUCUAUUUUCACAUAAAUAUGGAAUGUCCAUAUGAGAUCUGAAGCUAGUUAGAAAGGCUUUAAGCCUGUAAUGUUGAGGCAUCAUGUUCUGGAGCAAACAGGUUUUCUCAUUUUAGAAGGGGAAUACAUUUACUAUAACAUAGGCAUUGAUAACAGUAUUUUUCUUUUUAUUCAUUUGAUAAUUUUUUUUUGCAAUAAUAGCUUUACAAUACACUAGAGGUAAUAACAGUAUUAUAAAAUAAUGUACUCUGUUAUAUAAAAUUCUCAAUAAAAAUUUAAAGAAAAUAACACUUGUAAAAUCUCUGAAACAAUGAAUUACAACCUCCUCUCACAAUUAUCUAAAAAAAUAAAUACUUCAAACAUAUAUUAAUCAGUAGGAAGGCUGACUUUCUGGAAGACAUUUUUGUUGAUGGAUUCUAGACUACUUUAAUGCAAGUAGUCCAAAUAGUGCAACAAUACAUAUUAAUGUGUACCUUACAACUUUAGUUGCAAUCACCAUGAGGUCUCCAUCAUGUAAGUUAGGAACUUAAGGGUUUCUGGUCCAAAUACAAUGGCAGUUGUGUAAAAUGCAACUAAUGAAAUUUUAUGUAGAGCCAGCUUUAUGAUGGCAACUCAUUUGAUGACAUGUUACACAUUACUUCUGACAUUUCAGACACAGGAAGUCAUAUAUAACAAACAAAAUAAUUAGAUCUUUAAUUAUCUGAAUAGCUACAUAGUGUCGAAUAGCACUGACUGCUGAAAGCAGUGCAACAUAAGAAUUGCCUAUUGGCCAGUGUGGGGGCAGUUGCCAUAAAUGCAGUCCAAGAACAACCAGGAAAACUGUGUGAAGUGACACUACUACACAAUAAUGCCCAACUGCAUUCUGCUACACUGACAAAAAAACUAUAGUGGAGUUGGGUUGGGAAGUCAUUCUGCACCAACCUCAUAUUUUCACUUUUUCCACACUCUAUUGAACAAUCUUCAGGAGAUUUCUUUCUGGAUGAAAAUGCGCUCUGAACACGGCUUGACGAGUUCUUCACCUCAAAACCACAUGAUUUCUACAGUCAUGGAAGAGAAACAUUACCCCAGCAUUGGCAGACUGUUGUAAAUAGUAAAGGAGAAUAUAUUAUUGAUGACUGAAGUAUCUGCUGUGUUUAUUAAAAUUUGGGAAAAACACUAUGAACUUAUGCACUAGAUCAAUACUUUCAUCGGUAACUGCAUUUUGUAUCUAUGAAUUCUUAUGUGAUAGUCACUUCACUGAAUAUUUUGUCCAGCCACGUCCUGAUUACCCAAG